AUGAAGGAUCGCUUCCGCAUCUAUCGCGAUGUGAUCGCCUUCUGGAUCUUGGGGCUUUUGAACAACUUCCUCUACGUCACCAUGAACGCUGGGGCUGAGAACAUCAACGAGGCGGGGAUUGCCUUGGUUUACCUCGCGAACAUCCUGCCGACGCUUUUGGUGAAACUCACAGGGCCUUAUUGGUUCCACUACGUGAGUUACAGGUGCCGCAUGAACUUCAUCGCCAUUCUGAUGGUCUUUUGCCUUUGCAUCGUGGCCUGGGGCGACAGCACCAGCAUCAAACUCCUUGGAGUGGCGAUCUGCUCCUUGGCCUCGGGCGUUGGUGAGGCCAGCUUAUUGGCCAUGGCAAGCUUUUAUGAAACAAAGCCCUGCUUGGCUGCCUGGUCUUCGGGCACUGGCUUCGCUGGCAUUGCUGGGUAUGCCUGGUCCCUGGCAUUCGACGCCAUGAACACCUGCUUCCAGGUGCAACUCAUGGUGGCCCUUUGGAUCCCCAUCGCCUGGUAUUUCACCUUUUUCUACCUGCUUGGUCCGCCUUGGAUUGACAAGGAGCGUGGUGCUGAGGAACUGGCCUGCGGCGAAAGCGAGGAAGAGGUGGUCUCCAGCUCCGAGUCCGUGUCCUCGAACGCCUCCAGCGAGCAUAGCGCCUCGGAGGUCAUCACUGGGCAGCUCAGCGCCAAGGAACGGUUCUGCUUCAUUGCGGGGCUUUGGCCCUACAUGGUGCCACUCUUUCUGGUCUAUGCGGCCGAGUACACGAUCCAAGCUGGCUUUUGGGCGGCUAUGGGCUUCCCCGUCACGAACCGAUCUUCGCGCCAUGCGUGGUACAAGUGGGCCAAUUUCACGUAUCAGAUCGGCGUUUUCAUCUCCAGGUCCUCCUUCGUGCUGAUUUGCAAGAGUCGGAAAAUCUUGUGGUUGGGUGGCAUUCUUCAGGUCAUCAUGGUGGGCUUCUUUGGUGCAGCCGCCACGACACCCUUUGGAGAUUGGUGGCUUAUCGCGCCGGCCUUGUUCGUGGGUUUCUUGGGUGGAGGUGUCUAUGUGGGCGCUUUCACCUUGAUCUCCCAGGAGCAAGACCCAGCCUUCGUGGAGUUGGCACUCUCCAGUGCUUCAGUGGCCGAUACCUUCGGCAUCAUCACAGCAAAUAUCUUGGGCUUGAUCGUGCAGGGCUGCGUUUUUGGGCAGAUGAAGGUCUUGGACACACGACCUGACUUCACCUGUGGCUAUGAGAUUUGGGCACACAUGAACCGCACCUCGCUGAGAAUGGCCGGAGCUCAGAUCGGUGAUCCGUGGUUGCGUGACGUGGACGUGGAUGAUCGAGCGAUGGGUCGCCUGGGCGACCGCGGCGCCAACUGCGGAUCACGCCUGGCGGCCAAGUUCUGGUCGAUGAAGAUGCGCUUAUUGCUCUUUGCAUCCUUCAUGGCUUGGAGGUUCCGCCUGGCGCGGGAGAGCUCGGCACAGCUGCGCAAGGCCUUGGCCGAGACUGAGGCGGCCCACUUCGCCUUCGCCUCCCGUGGGCUCAUGCUGUCCGAUGCCUUCCGACGGUGGCGGCGCUGGGCGGCGGAUCUGAGCUUCCAACGCUCGGUGAGUGCGCUAUUGAGCCGGACGACGGGCCCUGGCCGCGUGCUGGCCGUGGUCUCCUCGAUCGAGGAGAAGCGGCGACGCUUGCUGUGCAUGGAAGCCUUCUUGAGGUGGACCACGGUGCUUCGCUGGAAGAGCUCUUCCCCCAAGGCAGCUCAAACAGCCCAGGCGGCGGCGGUCUUCGACCGUUCGGCGGCCUUUCUGAAUCCUGCACCCUUGGGCUUGCUUCGGAUAUGGCACUUUGCUGGCCCCUCCAGCUGUUGCAAAGCACGGCUGUUGACAUCGGCCUCGGAGCUGCCGAAGCCGGAUGCUGCCUGGUGGCCGGACCUGGCGAGAGGUCAUCUUGUCGCACAGCUCCGCUCGAGUGAAGCCUUCUUGGCACUCGACCGGGCCUGGGCAUUGCUGCACCUGCGCCCGGAACAAGCGAAUGCCGCCACACCUGAAGGAAAACCAAUGACCUUGGCAGUGAAGAAAGGCUGCCGCGGGGUCGCGGAGCUCUUGCGGAGUCAGGGUGCAGUGCUGAAUCCAGGAGCCGCCAAUGCCUUACUCCAUGAGGCAGCGUCCACAGGCAACUUGAAGUGCUUGGAGCUUUUGCUGCUGGAUUCCACUGGCCGUGUUCGCUCCAACUGUUGGGCCUCACCCAAUGCGCGGCCCUCCAAGCACGGCGGCACUGCCUUGGACGCGGCAGAGGCCAAGGGCCACGAGGCCUGUGCUCAGCUGCUACGGAGCAUCGGUGGAAGACAUUCCAUCCAACGUUCAGCGGAGCUGGCGCUGCCCGACACGCUGCGCCAGUGGCUGCAGGAAGGUGCAGAUGUGGAGGAGCGCGAUGGCAGCGGUGCCACGCCGCUCUGGUUGGCCGCCAAAGGCGUCAAGGGCACCGAGCAGCAACGCAGCGAGUGUAUUCAGCUGCUUCUGGGCGCACAAGCGACGGUGGACGCCUUGCCCAUCACGCAGGAGACACCACUGAUGGUUGCAGCUCAAAGAGGCUCUGUCGCCCAUUGCCAGCUGCUGUUGCAGGCCCGCGCGGAGGUGCACCGCAGCGACCGACGAAACCGAAGAGUCCUGGAGCAUGCGAAAGGGCCGCAGGUCAGGCAGCUACUGCAGUUGGCCGAGAUGGAUGAUCCAGGCGUGUCUUCCCGCGACGGCGACGGCGACGGACAGCGGGGCAACGCCGGUGCCGAUCUGACGAGCCUUCAGCUCAAGGACUGGGCAAGGCGGCCGAUCGCCGUGGGGCGCGCCAUCGCCCUGGGGCUAUUGGCAGUGAUCCACCCCGCCUGGACGGUUGCGGCGGCGGCGCCUCCCGUGACCAUGCGGGUCAGCAGUGCUCCACAAGCUGUGCGUGCGGCGUCUUGCCCCAGCUGUGGCAACGUCUAUCUGCCUGAUUCCAUCUUCUGCCGCCGAUGCGGCCGGAAGCGGGAUUUGGUGUCCCUGGACAUCAUGCGACCCUCCUCGGUGACCCUGCCGCAGGGCGCGACCAGAACCGCUGCGCCGGUCACAGUCCCCGUGACCGCUGCCCCGGUGACGGUCCCAGUGACCGCCUUCGCCCCGGUCACCGUGACCGGCGGCACGGCGUCGCCCACGUCGGUGACCUCCAUCCGCGGAGAGGACGGACGGGUCGGUGGAGGAGGUCUCCAGCCCGCGAUCGCAGAUGAGGCAGCACAACGGCUGUGUUGGGCGCCCAUGCGAGGUCGGUCCGUCCACGUGCUCCACCGUCGCCAUGGCGAAGCCACCCACGCGGCGCGCGGUGGAUGGUCGAAGCGACGGUGGCGGGGCGGAGUGGAGCAGGGCACGGCCCGGCACGGCUGGGCACAGUUGAAUGUAGGACCUCGUAGCUUUAUGCCGCGCAAGGGCCUGGGCUGUGCCUGGGCCGCGCUGGCAUUGUUUCUGCAAGAGCUGCCAGACGUCCCCCGUUCGGAGCUGGAAGACCGCGACGAAGGCGAUCCCCUCUUCUUGCUCAUCAGGGCUUCUGCACGUGCAGCCGCCUGGCAAGCCGGCCUGGCACUGGUGGAGGAUCAAAGACAACUGCCGCAGCGCACCCUCAAUGCGCUUCUCAAAGCUGUCGCUGCACAGCAACAGUUUCAGCAGGCAUUGACAUUGUUGCCUGCCGAUCCGCAUGCAAGCAGCUGGCAGGCGCUGCUGGGCGCGGCGGUGAGCACCUCUUGUUGGGAGCACGCCAUCGCCUUGCUCCAGUGCUCCGCACGUCCCAGCGGCCGGGCACUGAGCGCCUGUGGCAGCGCGCUGGCGCGGGCGCGGAGAUGGGCUGAGGCGCUGUGGCUCAUGGAGGCCGCGCAGAAGCCCGUUCCAGCGGCCUUCCUCACGGCAGUGCUCGGCGCCUUGGGCAAGGUGAGGAAGUGGCAGCUGGCGCAGGCACUGCUGAAGGAGUCGUCGGAGUCAGUCGAUCGGACAGCCUACAAUGCGGCGUUGCAGGCGGUAGGAUGGCAGCGUUCCGCGCAAUUGCUCCGAGAGAUGCAGAAGCAAGGUCUUCUGCCGGACCUUUUCAGCUUCGCCACGCUCCUGAGCACUUUGUCCCGUGCCGCUGCGUGGGAGCGCGCCCUGCUCGUCGCGGAGGACAUGUCUGCGUCCUCAAUCUCCAGCGAUGCCUUGAGCAGUGGGGCCCUCUUACAUGCCCUGUCCAAAGCCUUCCGCUGGCGUGAAGCCCUGGUGUUUCUGGACGAGAAACCUCCUGGAGCGGUGCGGCCACUAGAGAUGUUGGAAGCGUUGGCCGCUUGUCAUGGCGCUGGCAGCUCGGUGCCGGCGAUGGCCCUUCUCCGGCCCUGGGGGCGCAGGCUGCCCCUCUUUCGGCCCCAUGUCACGCUCACUGGCCGCUGCCAGGGAGAGGGCGAGGUGGCGGCCUUGGAGGAGACCCUGCAGUCCUAUGGAAUGCUUCUCCGGAAAGCCCGGGAGGUGCCUCUGGGCGCCCUGGGCCUCCGUGGGCGCCUGGACGAGCUUCGCCGCGGCCGUGUCCCGCGCGUCGGACGCGCGCGCGGAGGGUUCCGUGCGGCGGCAGACGUGGAAGGCAACCCUAUGCUACGGGGCUCUGAACUUUCUGGCCCUGCUGCUCAAGCACAGUCAUUGGCAACUUGGUGUUCCUUCCGUUUGCGUUUGAGAAGAGGUCGGAUCCUGACGAAGUGGGGCUGGACCAAAGCAGCUUCAGCUGUGCGCUGCGAGUCAGAAAACGACAUGCGGUGCAACGACAGUGCUUGGGAAGCUGCCCUUAGAGUGUGGUUUGGUCUGAAACAACACCAACAAAGACUUGGUUUGUGA